AUGCGUUCAGCUAUGUGUCAAUUCGCCAUACUAGUGCUGCUUGUUGCUAUCGCCUUUAGCCGGGGCGGUAUUAUUCCUACACUCAGCGAUGCAGAGAAGAGCAGGUCUUCGAACAUGGAUAACCUCUCCUCAUUCCACGGUCAGCACAAAAGGGAAAAUCAUCGACCCCUGCGGGUCACCAAAGUUGCAGACAAAAUCACGCCGCAGGAUCUUGAUCAUGACGACACUGCUGAGCGUGUCCUCCACAUCUCCAAUUCUUUCGGCAAGAUAAUUGGGAAACUGUUCUACGACAAAACAUGGUUCAAGGAAGGAAAAACACCAGAAGAAAUGAGAGUUAAGCUGCGCGUCUUUACAGAUCGCCGACACAGGAAUCUCUAUCACGGCUACGCUGACUAUUGGUUUUAA